CUGUUAGAAAUGCCAUCAAAUAUGGAGUACAGCCCAGAAAAUAAUCUGGAGAUAAUUAGCUGCUCAUCUUCACUGGAAAGUGACAGAAACCAAAGUUCUUCAUUUUCAGUUCUCUGCAUUUGUCCCAAUUGUGGAAUGUUGAAGGAAGAAGAAAGUAACCUUGAAAAGAAACGCUGGCCAAUGAACAAAUUACGUUUACUGGAGUCUGAUAGUGAUCUGUCUUCCUAUUCAUCUAUAAGUAGUUCUUUCAGUCCUGAAUCAAGCACAGAAAUGAGACCCAUGUCAAUGGAUGGUCCAAAUUUAAUGGAAAAUAACGGUGAUCAAAAUAGUAAUACAGAAUCUUCUUCCAUCAGUUCCAGUUUUGAAAUAUUGGUUGAAACAGAAAUCAAUAUGGAAAACAGCCUUGGUGCAAUGAAUCACCCAGACUUCCUGACAAGCUGUGAUUGUCAACAUCCUUCCUCAUCAUCUGCUUCUCAUCCUCAUAGUUUUGGAUACUUUGGAAAUCCAUACAGACAUAUAAAGAUACCAAAUUCAGUAAUGGAAACAGCAAAAUCCAUGUGUCACCCACAGCAGUCAGCCAAAUACCUCCUUCACCACCUGUUCACAGAAGAUGUCCUGCUCAGAAGUAACGUCCAUGGCAGUUUAGAUGAAGGCCUGUGUGCCCUUGACUGCAAUAGGAUUAAUGCCCUCCGAGAGUUUCUCCAAGACAACUAUCCUGUUUAUGAUCUAACAGAAAAUGGAUGUGACUGGAUGCUGUGUGUGCUCGCCAUUGACAACUAUAUCUGGAAGUUUAGAUCUAACCUCAAGAAUACUACGAUCAAAUUACAAAAGCUGCUUUCAGCAAAUCCUUCAACACAGCCAAAGCCAAGAGAUGACGAUGAACCCAACUCAAGCAUUUAAACGUCAGCCAUCCCACUUAAAAAUGUUGGAUCGGCUAUAAGCCUCUCAGUUAUAAUUCCAAAAUAAAUCUGAAAAAAUAGCCAGAGCUCUUUUUCUGCCUGUAAAGGGAGACAGAAUUGGAGUAGGAAGAUAUAUAUAUAUAAUGGUUCUGUCUCUCUAGACUAGACAAAAUGAUAGGCAGUAUGCUGCCGUGAAUCUCUGAUUGAGGGAAUAGUAGCAAACUGCUAACUAUUGUUAUUGUUGCUGUUUCAAUGUAGAGAGCUAACAUAUUUAGCACUUAGUGACAGGUGAAAUCUGAAUGUCAGUGAAGCACAGGUAGACAAGUAGAGAACUGUGGUUGAAAGCAUAAACCACAAUGUUAAACGUAAUAACUUUCAUGUAAUAGACACUCAGUAUUUAUCAAGAGAAUUGAAACAACAGAGUUGAGAUGCAGAUUGUGCUGAUUUAGAAGGAGAUGUGUUUUACAUAUGUCCAAAAUACCCACUGUAACUUUCUUAAACAUUCUUCAGAAUUUUAGAAUUGAUAUGACAUUUGUUUGACCUAAGUCUUCCGGACUUAGACUUAUGUUCUUUUGAUUUACUCCUGAUAAGAAAGUAUUCUUUUAACUACUUCAUGAUAACAUUUUAUUAUAGAUGUUUUCUCAGGUUGAACACAAAAAAUUAUUUCAGGAGAUGUUUUGGUACAUUUUAAGUAGUUUGAAGUUUAAAGAAGUUAUCACCAUGAAUAAUAAGAAUUUGACCAAAUUCAGACAUUAUUCUUGGUUUCCAAAGUGUCUGGAUAAAAGUUUAGUAUUUUCUGUAUUUUUCAGAUAGAUUUUACUAGUCAAAAUGCAUACAAAUUUAAAUCUCACAAUAUUUAAGUGUAAGAAAAUAUUGGUCAGAAAUUUGAUGAGACAAAAGUGGUCUUAAAGGAUACUGGCAAAAUUAUUGGAAAUUUUUCAAAAAUUUAUUUUGUUCAUGAAUACAAUUUUAUUGUUAAACUAAACCCCUGAUUUUAAAGAAAAUUCUUGAAUGUUUUAUCCAUAUUAAAUAAGUAUAAUUUCAUCAUUUGAUCAUUUGUGUUUAGGAAACAUUUUAUCAGCUAUAUCUUUUAGACUGUCAACAAUCUUCAUUCAUUUAAUGCAAGUUUUAGUUAUUAAGAAAGUAUUUCUCUUGAAAGAGUUACUAUGGCCAUUUACUGGUGACUCACAGCUUUGCCCUAGAUAAUUGAUCUAAACUAACUUCAGUUUUUGCAGAAGAUAGGAAAAUUUAACAGAAAGUAAUGUUGCCAGUCAAUUACUACAAUUUGUGUGAGAAUUGACAAGUUGCUAUUUUUGUAAAUAGUUCAGGGUGUUUUUAUAUGACUGCUUUAUUGAAUGCAUAUUUUAUAUGAAACCUGUUUUGAAAAUUAAGUUCAACUUUUAGAAUAUUUCAGUGAAAUUCAGUAUAACUUUAUAAAGGUUGGUUAUAAAAGAUUUGAUUAGGGGACCUGAGAGUGUACAUCGGUGGUAGAGCACUUGUUUAACAUGCUUGAGACCUUGGGUUCAGUCCAAAUCCUUUGUUGCCAUUGUGUUUUUCUGUUAUUGUCAUUUUGCAUUUGUUUUUGUUUUUAAAAUGUUUGUUUCUUGAUUUUUCUGCCUUUUUUCUCUUUAAAAUACUGCCCCCCCCAAGAAAAACAAGAAAGGGAUUUAGCAUUUAAAUUUACUUUUUAUUUGUUGAUGUGUGGUCUCACUAUGUAGCCCAGGCUGGCCUCCAACCUGCCUCAGCCACCUGCCUCAGCCUCCUGAAUUCCUCCGGAGAUUGCAGGUGUGUAUUACCAUGCCUGGAUAGAAUUUACUUUUAAAUAUUGUGUUGUCUAACUAAAUAAUUUGCUGUAGUAGUUGCCUUUAGCUAUGGUUUUUCUAUAUAUAAUCUUUAUGUAUUUAGGCUAGAAUAACAAAGGUUUUAAAAAAUAAUUUUUAAAAUAUUGCAUACAAAACCCUUCAUAAAGGGCAAAAAGUUUUUGACCACAGUUAUUUAGAUUCAUCUAAGAUAGUCUUUACCUUCACCAUUCAUCUUCACAAAUAAUUGUACAAAUUAGUAAUAAUAAAGGUAGUAUAUGAAAGUAAUUCACAUUCUAAACAUAUUAUCAAAACAUCACGUUAUGCCCUAUAAAUAUAUGCAAUUAUUAUUUGUGAAUUAAAAACAAAAUUAGAAAAUUAAAAUUACAUAGUUGGAAAAAGUAAAAUUCAACUUGUAUGUGCAGUUUUCAAAUUAGAUUUGUAUGUUCUGGUCUCUGAAAUAAUCCUUGGAAUGGAAGCAAAACUGCAAAAAAAACCACUGUAUUUACAAGCAUUUUUCCAUACUUACAUGACUUAAUUGUUUUAUGGUAAUUGCUUAUAUAAGCUAUUUAAAACAGCCUUAUUUAAUAGAACUUUCCAUGACAAUAGAAACAUAGGUAAACAUAACAAAUUUGAAAAACAAAAAAAAAUUUAUAGUGCCCAUUGUGGCAGUCACUGGGUAUAUGUAGUUAUAGAGCACAUGAGUCGUGACUAAUUGGAUAAACUAAAUUUAAGAUUUUAUCUCAUUUUAGCUAACUAAAAUUUAAAAUUAAGUAAUAGGUAGAUAGUGACUACUAUAUUGGAUAGUACAGUUUAUUUUUAUUUUUUACUGUCUUUUUUUUUUUUUUUUUU